AUGAGGCGAGGGAAAGCUUGUGGUGGAUGGAGACACGAGGAAGGGGAAGAAGAAGAAGAGACGGACAAAGGAGGCGCCAUUGCGACGCUGGAUUCGCCAUCUAGGGUGAUGAUGGCGCAACAAAGAAGGCCAAGACGCGUGCUUCGGAGGAAGCCUGCCCCACCCGCUGGUGGGGCCCCGGCACCACCGGCGGGCGGGGGGGCGCCACACAGCGGCGGCAACGGGGUGCUUACGGCAACGAACGCACUGCUUGUGAUCAACUUCUUGGUCUUUCUUCAACAGCAACAAGACCCGUCUGUUACCACCAGCUUUUACAAGCUGGCCUACGCCAUCACCGACCAUGGUGAGUGGUACCGGCUGGUGACGGCGGUGAUGCUCCACGGGGGCUGGGGCCACCUUGCGGGCAACAGCAUGGCCUUGUUCAACAUCGGUCGAGGGACGGAGACAUACAUGGGAACGGAGAAGUUUGUGGCGUUGUACGUGUGCUCAGGCGUAUCCGGCAAUGUCCUGAGCUGCAUUGUCGACCCACUCACCCCGUCUCUGGGGGCUUCGGGAGCGAUAUUUGGCCUUCUCGGGGCGGAGGCGAUGAUCCACUUGGCGGGCCCUAAGGCCUCGAUGCCGCUGUUCGUGAGCAGCGUCGGGCAAACGGCCUUCUUCGCUGUGUUGGUGGGGCUCUUGGUGCCCAACAUCGAUCAUUGGGGGCACCUAGGGGGCUUCGUCGGCGGUGCGGCUUUGACUCUCCUCAUCCAGCCACGUUCUCCGAGGAAAUAAAUGAGGAAAUGCUUGGGUGACAUGGAUUUAUUACGAGCCAGACUGACCAAGUUCUCGUUGCGGGCACAGUUGAGGCGAAGGGGGGCCUAAUUGGUCGUUAAUUAUACCCCUGUAAGCUGUUCUUGAUUCGAAGGAAUGUACCUUGGGCCGCCAGCAGACUACAUACCGUAAACGACACAAGAUAACACACACCCCGGACCUAUUUUCAAAGCUCGAUUUCUCAUCAGCAGAAAGAGCCACAGCGUCGAAAACGGCGGCGUUGAAGCCGUCUUGUCGAGAGCUUUCCGAAAAUGUGUCGUUUCGUUUAUGCAUCCUCUCCGUCGUGGAGUAAUCGAGCUUCGAAAAUCGGUCCAGGGGGGGUGCUAUCCUGUGUCGUAUGUGGUGGCCAAGAGCGGCAGACAAGAGGCAUUCCCACUCGAGCAACAAAAACCGCACGGCAGAGAGAGCGGGUCUAUCAUCAUGGAGAGUUGUUGGAGCGUCAAGUGAGUAGAAGAGUGUUGACGUGUUUUUUCUAGCCGUAGUGGUGAGCGUUGUUGACUUUUUGCCGCAGGCGCGUGUGUGUGCUCGCCAACCAUUUAGUCGAGCGAGGAAGCGGUUGGCGUCCCAAACAGGCAAUCAAGUGACUGAGUGUUGAGUACUUUUGGGAACCAAAAGGUCGCGAAUAUGUACCAAAUCCUCCCCGCAUGACGGGUGCUUGGUGCGUAGAAUUUGUCACGAGAUGAGGAGAGACUGAAAACGCGCUGCGAUACAGCAGACCUUAACUGGAAGUUGUCACACGGGGGGCAUUUUUCAGCACCACUCGUUUUUUCUGAAUAUAUCGAAAGAGCGAAUUUUCAACGCCCGACAUACAAAUCUGGCGUCACAGAAGAGAGUUAAAUAAACGCUGGCGUUGAUAGGCUCAACCCCGUGUCUGUCGCCACAGGACCAGAGCGUUUCUACAAUAGACAAGACAGAC